AUGGACCCUGCCAGCUCUGCUGAGGUCAUGGUGCACCUGACGCACUGCCCCUUCUGCGUGCCUGCUGCGCCUCUGCGCGCCGACACCACGUCCUCCCAGGUCUGGGGCUUAUCCUACUCCAGUGGCUUUCAAAAACUUUCGGUCCGACGCAAGCGGUGCGAUUCCUGCCGCGCCCUCUUCCUUGGCUGCUGGGCCUACUCCCCUGGUGGUCACUCACGCACGCGAAUCGCGUGUCAUCCGAGGGAGUCGGCUUGGUUCUUCUUCCGAGAACGGAUUCAUGCAGGCAGCUUCGUUGCAAUGCAUGUCGACUACCUGCGGUUCAUGACCACUGCCUUCAUCUUCUUGCGCGCGUCCUUUUCGGGGCUCGUCAAAACUGUCCACGCCAUGUUUCCUUUGCACCGACUCAACCCGAACGAUUGCCAGCGCUGUCUGGAGCAUGGCUGGUUCUUACACUCUGCACUGAGCAACACCUGGAGUGAAGCAGAGUUGUUAGGCGAGGACUUUGACUUGCGCCUCGAUUCUCUGGAUGCAACUCUUUUAGGCUACGAACCACGCCUUCGUAGCCUUCUGCAUCAAACAGGUUCGACGCAUCAUUGUGGCGCAUGCGCGAACCCAGUGCUCACGGGAGACGGUGGCAUGAAACUGACCACCUCUCUCUGCAACGAGCGCACCAGCGCGUCUCUCAGAAGUGAGGAGCUGGGCCUCUCCAUUCCCAUCGGCUGCACGUGCCGCCCGAUCCGGGGAUCUUUGUUCUGCAGAGCACACCAAGCUGACGCUGCCGAAAUGCUUCCUCCCGAAAUACGCGAUCACAGGCGCGUGACAGGGCAGGGGCGCCUAUCCUUUCGGUACACUGGGAGUGACGACUUCCUGCCCGUACAGUCCAUGUCUGCUAUUCGUCUUCGACAGUACGAUUCUCGCCUUGCUUUGCUGGACUACGCUGCUGCAGACCCUACGCGCUUUGCGCCUGGUGAGUGCAACCCGGUGGGAGAGGAUGCAUUGCGUAUGGAUGAUUCAGAUUAUGAAGCCGUGAAGGCAUGCAACUGCCUCAAGGACGAACGAAAGAGAUUGGCAGUUCGUCGGUAUGCAGGUGUGUUUGUGGUGGUGCUGCCCUGUGGGCAUAUCGUUACCGUGCACCAUCUGGUUGGGGCGGAGAGUUUGCCGCAAGUCGCCUAUUGCUUUGCUCAGGCGCUGAACAUCACCGCCGGCAAACGUUUCAUUUGCUAUGACAAUGCCUGCGCGCUGGCGCGCUUCUGUCGGAACCCCGUGCGGGCCGCUCAGAUGCAAAUCUUUCGCGACCGUGUCUUUGUUCUUCCGGAGUCCCAUCUCCGAGGGCACACGGCGUGCCUUGACCCGUCCCAUCAAUUUUUCUUGCCGGAAGUGCGCAAGUCCGCGCAUCCGGAACUGGCCGGGGUCAACACCGAAGCACAGGAACACGUCUUUGCCUGGGCUCGCUGGCUGGUUCACGUUGCCAAUCCAAUGAAACCAGUUCGUCAUCGUGUGUUUUUCCUUCUCUGUUUGGCGCGCAACGAGCAUCGGGGUCUCGGAGCACGCCCCAGAGCUAGCCGCCCCAACCGGAACUGGAAUGUAUGGCGUGGCGCUUUCCCUAGCCGACCUGCGGACGGUGAUGAUCCAGAACAGCCUGCGCCUGAGCAUGCUGCUGUGCCUGCCGCAGCGGUCGCCGCAGCGCUGCUCGACGCGCGGCCUGUUGCCAAUGAUGACGUGCAGCCGUCACUUCUCUUGAAUCUCCGCGACAACAAGCUUCAUCGAUUGGCAGCGCCGUUGCGUAUCUCCUGCGGUGCAACUCUGCCCAAGCGCUGGCGCUACCUUUCUUCGAGAGAUGAGGUCGCCCGCUCCAAGCUUUGCCUGCGCAACGGCUGCUUCUCUCCUGGCGCAGAUUUUUAA